AGGUCAGGUUUGGGGGUCUUGGGAUCGCCUCUCUUCUGUUUGCAGAUGAUGUGGUCCUGUUAGCAUCCUCAGACCAUGACCUCCGGCACUCACUGCGGCAGGGAUGAGAGUCAGCACCGCCAAAUCUGAGGCCAUGGUGCUCUGCCGGAAACCGGUGGAUUGCUCCCUCCAGGUGGGGACAGAGUGCCUGCCCCAAGCGAAGGAGUUCAAGUAUCUCGGGGUCUUGUUCACGAGUGAGGGUAAGAUGGAGCGGGAGAUCGACAGGCGGAUCGGUGCAGCUGCAGCAGUAAAACAGGCGCUGUACCGGUCUGUCUUGGUGAAGAGAGAGCUGAGCCGAAAGGCGAAGCUCUCAAUUUACUGGUCGGUCUACGUUCCAAUCCUCACCUAUGGUCACGAACUUUGGGUAGUGACCGAAAGAACGAGGUCGCGAAUACAAGCGGCCGAAAUGAGUUUCCUCCGUAGGGUGGCCGGGGUGGAUGGAUGGAUGGAUUUUGUACAGCCCAAUAUCACACAUUUUCCUCAGUGGGCUUUACAAUCUGUACACAUAAGACAUCCCUGACCUUUGACCUCAUCAGGGCCAUGGCAGUAGCCGAUUAUUCAGUGUGAAAACAUUCAAAUGUGUAUUUCAUUUAUUAUGAAGAAAAUGAAAGCUUACAGUUUUUGAGCAGACAAUCGUGUACCUGUUAGCUUUAGUUAUUUUUACAACAAUAAAUUAACGAAUCAAAUUCUGUAUUAUCAACUGCAUUCUUUUGUAAUAGCCCAAUCUGCAAAGUGAGUCAUUUGUAUAUUCGUACUUUAAGUAUAUGUGUAUGCUAAUAAUGCUUGUAACAGAGUAUUUCUACACUGUAGUAUUGCUUAUUUAAUCUCCACCGCUGAUGGUAAUACCAUCCAUCACCAGCAGAGGGGGCGCUGUCCCAAGCACAACCAUGCCGUCCGGAAGACGAAUGUAAAUAUUUUUGUGACGUUGCAUCUCCCGGAUCCUUCACAUCCUCCCAUUAACAAGAACAUCAGCCCCUCCAGCUCCUGGCUGCACAUCUGUGUGUCUUAUUCUGCCCGUCUGUGUCGACUGUGUCCUGAUUCCAGAGCUCUCCUCUCCGGGUUUCCAUUCAUCCUGCUGCAGCUCGUGUCUUUCUGCCCCAGCUCGCUUCUUGUUGUCUCCAACAUGCAGAAGAGAAGGAAGCCGGAGCCGAUCCAACUCAACCCGAUCCCCGAUGGAAACACUAUCAACGGCACCGGAGCCACAGAAACAAAUUUGGAGGCACUGCAGAAGAAAUUAGAAGAACUUGAGCUGGAUGAGCAGCAGCGGAAACGCCUGGAGGCCUUUCUGACACAGAAGCAGAAGGUGGGAGAGCUGAAGGACGACGACUUUGAGAAGAUAUGUGAGCUGGGGGCCGGCAACGGAGGAGUCGUCUUCAAGGUCUCCCACAGACCCUCUGGUCUGAUCAUGGCGAGGAAGCUGAUCCACCUGGAGAUCAAACCUGCCAUCAGGAACCAGAUCAUUAGGGAGCUGCAGGUGCUGCACGAGUGUAACUCCCCCUACAUUGUGGGCUUCUACGGGGCUUUCUACAGCGACGGAGAAAUCAGCAUCUGCAUGGAGCAUAUGGACGGCGGCUCCCUGGACCAGUCGCUGAAGAAGGCCGGCAAGAUCCCGGAGCAGAUCCUUGGCAAAGUCAGCAUCGCUGUCAUUAAAGGACUCGCCUACCUGAGGGAGAAACACAAGAUCAUGCACAGAGAUGUCAAGCCUUCAAACAUCCUUGUGAAUUCCCGCGGUGAAAUCAAGCUGUGCGACUUUGGAGUGAGCGGACAGCUCAUCGACUCCAUGGCCAACUCCUUCGUGGGAACCCGCUCCUACAUGUCGCCAGAGCGUUUACAGGGAACCCAUUACUCGGUUCAGUCGGACAUCUGGAGUAUGGGUCUGUCCCUGGUGGAAAUGGCAAUUGGGCGCUUUCCCAUCCCACCGCCUGAUACCAAGGAACUGGAAAAGAUUUUUGGCUUCCCAGUAGAAGGGGAGGCGGCCUGCAGCGAGUCCUCCCCACAGCCGCAGCCCCCCGGGCGACCAGGCAGCUCAUACGGACCUGACAGACCACCGAUGGCUAUAUUUGAGCUGCUUGAUUACAUAGUGAAUGAGCCUCCACCAAAGCUCCCUGGAAUAUUCGGCUCCGAAUUUCAAGACUUUGUGAACAAAUGUUUGAUAAAGAAUCCAGCAGAGAGAGCGGACCUCAAACAGUUGACGGUGCAUUCGUUCAUCAAAUUGUCCGACGCAGAGCAGGUGGACUUCGCAGGCUGGUUGUGCAGCACCAUUGGACUCAAUCAGCCGGUGACGCCCACCCACAGUACAGCAAUCACCAACAGAUGAAAGUCUGGAGCUUAUGUGAAAUAAAGUCUUGUGAACCAAACGUUUGAAAAAAAGGUUUUAUUAAAUUCAAGUACAGGA